AUGAGUGUCAUGGUGAAUCUCCCUCACAGCCAAUCAGUGCCCAGCGAGGUGAGGAGCCGAUGGUUGCCGUAGCGCUGUGUGUUUAUUCUUCAAACAAGGAGCUACUUUUGAUGUUUCAAUACAAAGGUUUCCGUCCUCUGCGUAGGAUUUUCAGUUAGUAGAGGAGCGGGGAGGGAGGGAGGGCAGGUUUGGCUUGACAGAUGAGAUGAGUGCUGCUCGUUGGGAAUGUAGAUGUUUACAAGGGUGCAGACACAAGCGGCUCGUGGUGUAGUCAGGUGAUGUAGCUACAGUGUCUGAUGUAGGCUACAGAGGAGCUGCUGGUUUGAUGAAGCUCAUGAAAGGACUGUUGAUGUGGAGCAGGAGGUACAACAUGGUUAGGUACACGGCACUCAGGACUUGGGGCUAUACUUACUGUGGUUCUGGGCUUGCUUGUCACACUGGGACCUUAUGUUGAUGUGUGGGUUAUUUCAAGUGUAUGACGUCCAAACUGUUGCUGCUUUGAUUUCUCCCUACCUGCUAUAUGGUUGGAUAGUGGGAUGCACAUUCAUUCUCACUGUAACACAUAUACAGUAUAUUAACAUAUUUGCCCAAUUGAGUUACUAUUAAAAAAUGCAUUACAAUUUUUUUCUGUGCUCUGAUAAAGAUAGACAGACAGAGCAAGAGUCAUACUGGAAAUCCCCCAAAUGAUUGGUUCAGACUGUUGAGCCCAUUAACUCACUUUGGUGGAUAUUGUGAACUGCAUAAAAUCAGUGCUCAUCUCACUGUCAUUUCCCUGUGCAUGAUUUGAAUGAGCAGAGCGCAGCACUCUCUUAACAUCAGUACAGUAUAAUAAAGGAGUUUCCUUCAAGACAGGUAGGAGAUUUGUUAGUCUGAAACCCUGUAGUAAAUCAUUCCAGUUGUAAUGGUACUGUGCAGGUACUGAUGUACUGUAGGAAGACCAGUGGCUUAAGUUGAGUUUAUUUCUGCACAGUGACAACAUUCAAUACCAACUCUUUGUAUCAGUGGUACUACAUGGCCCCGGAGAGGAAGUUUACUUUCCACAGGCACUGUGUCACAGCAGCAGUGAGCUACUUGUGUUGUAUCAGACACACCUGAUCUACACCCUCUGUGCUGGAAUUCACUGUUGAGAAACAACCAGAACUGCCUGGAGUACAAACCUCAUUUGCCUUUAAAGUGCCGUGGGCAGGGAAGAGAGGAGAAGAGGAGAGGAUCCAAGGGGAAACAGUCUCUCUCUCUCUCUCUCUCUCUCUCUCUCUCUCUCUCUCUCUCUCUCUCUCUCUCUCUCUCUCUCUCUCAUUUACAUUACAUUUUUGUCAUUUAGCAGACACUCUUAUCCAGAGCGACUUACAGUUAGUGAAUUCAUCUUAAGAUAACUGGGUGAGACAAUCACAAAUCUCUCUCUCUCUCCCUCCAUCUGUAUAUCUAUCCACCUAUCUAUCCCUCUGUCUAUAUCUCUCAGACGCUGGGAUGAAUAUCCCGGCGGGCAUCAGGCAGUUUGGCAGCCCACUGCUGAGUUGUACUACUAUGAAUAUACAUGAGCAGCCACGACGUACGGCUGGGGAAAACAACAAGAAACAGUGCAGUCGUCCAACAUUAGUGGGAUAUUAGCUGUACAUGUAAAUGCUAAACUGGCUGUACCCAAUAUGAUACAUAAAAAAUAAAGCAACUCUUAGGCCUUGGUUUUUAAAGUCCCCUUCUAGCACUCUGUCAUAGAAAAAUACUUUCUCAAAUCUCUACGCUAUUAAAAAUAGAAUAGGACUGUAUGCAGGGUGUAAUCAGCUGGUGUUUCAUGCCAUGGCCCGAAUUUUGCAUUUUUCAAACACCUGAAUCUAGAGCCAUAAUCAUUACGCUUAAUGAUUCCCCCUCAGGAGACUGAAAACAUUGGCCGGCAGGGAUGUAGCUCAGUUGGUAGAGCAUGGUGUUUGCAAUGCCAGGGUUGUGGGUUCGAUUCCCACGGGGGGCCAGUAUGAAAAAUACAAAAAUAAUGUAUGCACUCACUAACUGUAAGUCGCUCUGGAUAAGAGUGUCUGCUAAAUGACUAAAAUGUGAAUGUUAACAGCUUCUACCGCCAAGCCAUAAGACUGCUGAACAAUUACUCAAAUGGCCACCCAGACUAUUUACAUUGACCCUCCCUCUUUGUUUUUACACUGCUGCUACUCUCUCUUUAUUAUCUAUGCAUAGUCACUUUACAAAUUACCUCGACUAACCUGUACCCCCGCACAUUGACUCGGUACCAGUGCCCCCUGUAUAUAGCCUCAUUAUUGUUAUGUCAUUUUCUUGUGUUACUUUUUGAUGGUAUUUUCUUUUCUUUACUUAAGUUUAUUUUGUAAAUAUUUUCUAAACUCUAUUUAUUGAACUGCAUUGUUGGUUAAGGGCUUGUAAGUAAGCAUUUCACGAUAAGGUCUACACCUGUUGUAUUCGGCACAUGUGACAAAUAGAAUUUGAUUUAAUUUGUAUUUUAUGUCAAAAAUCUGUUUAUUUUUCUGUGUAUCUUAGCAUACCUCUGUCUGUAUCCUCCUGAUUCUUUUUUUAAAGAAACUAAAUAUGCAUCUCUGCUAAAAUCUGGGUAAAAGAUUGAAAGGAAUGUGAGUCGUAUUCAGUACAUUUAGUAAUUGCUUGCUUUUGUAAAGUCUACCAACCUUGCCAGCAGGCAUGCCAGCUAAGAUAGUUAGACAAGCUAGCUACUCUAACUUGAUUGAUAGCCUGAAAUGGCUUCUUGGUAGCUAGUUAUGAGGUUGGACGAUUGGGAACCUAUCUGGGCUAGCUAAAGACAAUUUCAUAAAAUUGCUAGGUGGCUAGUAGUAUUACAGAGAAACAACAAAAACAAAAAUAUAUAUAUUGUUUUUUUACAGGACACAUCUGAGGGGGCACGUGCCCUUGUGCCCCCUAUGUGCAUGACGCCUCUGUUCUAGCCAGUGUCUUGAUCAAUACGAUCCUCUAGUAUAGUCUACACGUUAUCAGUCUACACAUAAACUCCUCACUUUGCCCCUAAUUUUUCUGUCACUGUAUCUUGUUCUACCUCUCUUACUAGGCUAUAAGAGUGAGUAAGGCAUGUCUGAGCUCUGUGUUCAUGAUCCCAUUACUCUUCCAGACGAGGUGUGUGGAGCAGAGCAGGUCCCUGCAUAUUUCUGCUAUGUCCCUGGGCACUACAGUCAUGGUGAAAAGUUUUGAGAAUGACACAUACUUAUUUUCACAAAAUCUGCUGCCUCAGUUUUGAUGAUGGCAAUUUGCAUAUACUCCAGAAUGUCAUGAAGAGUGAUCAGAUGGAUUGCAAUUAAUUGCAAAGUCCCUCUUUGCCAUGAAAAUGAACUUAAUCCCCAAAAAACAUUUCCACUGCAUUUCAGCCCUGCCACAAAAGGACCAGCUGCCAUCAUGUCAGUGAUUCUCUCGUUAACACAGGUGAGAGUGUUGACGAGGACAAGGCUAGAGAUCACUCUGUCAUGCUGAUUGAGUUAGAAUAACAGACUGGAAGCUUUAAACGGAGGGUGUUGCUUGAAAUCAUUGUUCUUCCUCUGUUAACGAUGGUUACCUGCAAGGAAACACGUGCCGUCAUCAUUGCUUUGCACAAAAAGGGCUUCACAGGCAAAGAUAUUGCUGCUAGUAAGAUUGUACCUAAAUCAACAAUUUAUCAUAUCAUCUAGAACUUCAAGGAGAGAGGUUCAAUUGUUGUGAAGAAGGCGUCAAGGCGCCCAAGAAAGUCCAGCAAGCGCCAGGACCGUCUCCUAAAGUUGAUUCAGCUGCGGGAUCGGGGCACCACCAGUGCAGAGCUUGCUUUGGAAUGGCAGCAGGCAGGUGUGAGUGCAUCUGCAUGCACAGUGAGGCGAAUACUUUUGGAGGAUGGCCUGGUGUCAAGAAGGGCAGCAAAGAAGCCACUUCUCUCCAAGAAAAACAUCAGGGACAGACUGAUGUUCUGCAAAUGGUACAAGGAUUGGACUGCUGAGGACUGGGGUAAAGUCAUUUUCUCUCAUGAAUCCCCUUUCCGAUUAUUUGGGGCAUCCGGAAAACACCUUGUCCGGAGAAGACAAGGUGAGUACCAUCAGUCCUGUGUCAUGCCAACAGUAAAGAAUCCUGAGACCAUUCAUGUGUGGGGUUGCUUCUCAGCCAAGGGAGGGGGCUCACUCACAAUUUUGCCUAAGAACACAGCCAUGAAUAAAGAAUGGUACCAACACAUCCUCUGAGAGCAACUUCUCCCAACCAUCCAAGAGAGUUUGGUGACGACCAAUGCCUUUUCCAGCAUGAUGGAGCACCUUGCCAUAAGGCAAAAGUGAUAACUAAGUGGCUCGGGGAACAAAACAUCGAAAGUUUGGGUCCAUGGCCAGGAAACUCCACAGACCUUAAUCCUAUUGAGAACUUGUGGUCGAUCCUCAAGAGGUGGGUGAACAAACAAAACCCCACAAAUUCUGACAAACUCCAAGCAUUGAUUAUGCAAGAAUGGGCUGCCAUCAGUCAGGAUGUGGCCCAGAAGUUAAUUGACAGCAUGCCAGGGCGGAUUGCAGAGGUCUUGAAAAAGAAGGGUCAACACUGCAAAUAUUGACUCUUUGCAUAAACUUAAAGUAAUUGUCAAUAAAAGCCUUUGACACUUAUGGAAUGCUUGUAAUUAUACUUCAGUAUACCAUAGUAACAUCUGACAAAAAUGUCUUAUAACACUGAAGCAGCGAACUUUGUGAAGACCAAUACAUUCUCAAAACAUUUGACCACGACUGUAGAUCAAAGGGGCUAGCAGCAGCAUACUGCCUAGACACCUGCACUUCAGAGUGUUGAUAUAUCCCUGGAUACUCAGGAUGAAAGGUCUAGUAGCAGAAUAUUGCAGAGAUACCAGUCGCCUACUUAAUUGUCAUCUGAAGUCAAGCUAGCUCAUGCUAUAUAGACACAGAGAUUUUAGAUUCAGUUUCCUUCCUAUUAUUCUGUGGUAUAGUGGUCAUGGCUUUCACCAGAGUGGACUGCAAUAGAAUUCAAAACCCAAAACAUUUCAUACUGUAAAACAAGUAUGGUCAGCAGACUUUGAUCUUUAGAACAAUGUUUAACCUGAUUAGAAACAGGUUUUCCUAAUUUAAUCUAUCUUCAAGCAUGUAAAAUAUCAGAGGUGCUAAGUUGAAAAAAUAAUUCAGACAAGACUUUGGAGUUACUGUAUGAUGGACUAUCAAAGCAGUGGCAUCUCUGUAUCCUUAUAAUGAAAAUAUUAAGUUCUGUGAAAUCAGUUGGAAAUGUAUGUACAGUAUGUGAAGAAAUUCGGCUUGGCCCAUAAGACUCUCAUGAACUUCUACAGAUGCACCAUUGAGAGCAUCCUGUUGGGCUGUAUUGUACGAUUCGCAACCGCAGGGCUCUCGAGAGGGUGGUGCGGCCAGCCCAACGCGUCAUCGAGGGCACACUGCCUGCCCUCCAGGACAUCUACAGCACCCGGUGUCACAGGAAGGCCAAGAAGAUCAUCAAGGACCUCAGCCACCCGAACCACAGCCUGUUCAACCCCGCUACUAUCUAGAAGGCAGAGACAGUACAAGUGCAUCAAAGCUGGGACUGAGAGACUGAUAAACAGCUUCUAUCUCCAGGCCAUCAGGCUGUUAAACAGUCAGCACUAGCCUGGCUCCACCCAGUACCCUGCCCUGAACCUUAGUCAUUGUUACUAGCCGACUACCACCCAGUACUCCUACCCUGCGCCUUAGAGACUGCAGCCCUAUGUACAUAGAGUAAUUGAACACUGGUCACUUCAUAAUGUUUACAUACUGUUUUACCCACUUUAUAUACUGAACAAAAAGAUAAAUGCAACAUGCAACAAUUUCAAAGGUUUUACUGAGUUACAAUUCAUAUAAGGAAAUCAGUCAAUUGAAAUAAAUUAUUAGACCCUAAUCUAUGGAUUUCACGUGACUGGGAAUACUGUUGGUCACAGUUACCUUAAAAAAAAGGUACGGCCGUGGAUCAGAAAACCAGUCAGAAUCUGGUGUGACCACCAUUUGCCUCAUGCAGUGCGACACAUCUCCUCCACGUAAAGUUGAUGAGGCUGUUGAUUGUGGCCUGUGGAAUGUUGUCCCACUCCUUUUCAAUGGCUGUGGGAAGUUGCACAUCGAUCAGUACACAUCGAUCCAGAGCAUCCCAAUACUAAAUGGGUGAGAUGUCUGGUGAGUAUGCAGGUCAUGGAAGAACUGGGGCAUUUUCAGCUUCCAGGAAUUGUGUACAGAUCCUCGCAACAUUAUCAUGCUGAAACAUGGGGCGAUGAACAGUGGAUGAAUGGCAAGAAAAUGUGCCUCAAGAUCUCGUCCCGGUAUCUCUGUGCAUUCAAAUUGCCAUCGAUAAAAUGCAAUUGUGUUCGUUGUCUGUAGCUUAUGCCUGCCCAUACCAUAACCCCACUCGCCACCAUGGGGAACUCUGUUCACAACGUUGACAUCAGCAAACUGCUCGCCCACACGACGCUAUACACGUGGUCUGCGGUUGUGAGGCCGGUUGGACGUAUUGCCAAAUUCUCUAAAAUGAUGUGUAUGGCUUAUGGUAGAGAAAUGAACAUUCAAUUCUCUGGCAACAGCUCUGGUGGACAUUCCUGCAGUCAGCAUGCCAAUUGCACGCUCCCUGAAAACUUGAGACAUCUGUGGCAUUGUGCUGUGAGACAAAACCGCACAUUUUAGAGUGGCCUUUUAUUGUCUCCAGCACAAGGUCCACCUGUAUAAUGAUCAUGCUGUUUACUCAGCUUCAUGAUAUGCCACACUUGUCAGGUGGAUGGGUUAUCUUGGCAAAUAAGAAAUGCUCACUAACAGGGAUGUAAACAAAUUUGUGCACAACAUUUGAGAGAAAUAAACUUUUUAUGCGUAUGGAACAUUUCUGGGAUCUUUUAUUUCAGCUCAUGAAACAUGGGACCAACACUUUACAUGUUGGGUUUAUAUUUUUGUUCAGUGUACUGUAUUCUAGUCAUGGCUCAUCCUAUUUAACUACUGCUAUUCACUCUUUCUCUAUUCACAUACUGUCCAUAAUGUCUAUACACACCAUUCACAUACGUAUACUGUAUAUUAUUUAUAUAGCGGACUAAUUUCUUGCAGUUCUCUCCAUUUUGCCAUGAUGUUUUGUAUUGUGUAUUUAUAUAGUGUAUUCUCCACAUAGCUCAUUCUAAUAUUUCUACUACUGUACAUUGCAUUUUAGUUAGGCUGUUUAUACACACCGCAUAUUUAUUUAUAUACUGGAUUCUUGGCAUAGCUCACUCUAAUAGAUCUAUUGCUGUACAUACCAUUCCUAGUAUAUCUUGUGUAAAUUGUGUAGAUAUAUAUAGAUUGCAUUUUGAUUACUGUUACUGUGUUAUUUGGGUUGUUAUUGGAUUUGUUUAGAAAUGUUUUGAUUUCUUGUUGUUCUUUCUGUUUUUUUUUGUUUUUAAAUGUAUUAUUUGUGUACCUGUUUGGCAUUUUACUGCAUUCUUAGGAGCUAGUAACAUAAGCAUUUUGUGCACCCGCUAUAACAUCUGCUAAGCUGUGUAGGCGACCAAUAAACUUUGAUUUGAUUUUAUAUGUAUGCACGUGUAGACUAAUGUUCUACAGAGGCGUUCCAGUCCAGCCUUUGUGGCCAACUUUUCAUCUAUCUGCAAAGUUUGACUAACAAAAUGUACUUUGGAUUCAUAUGCUACCAGGUCUCAGAGGAAUACGUAAAGAGAAAAUAUGUAUAAUUAUUUGCUGCACUUAAUUAUCGUUGCUGUUGUAAAGGGAGAGACAGUAAUUGGAGAGUAUGAGCUCUUUUGAUCUCUGGCGGCAGCAGAGGACAUUUUCUGCUGCUAAAAUGAGAGCUAUAUCCAGGUUAGUCAUGAACACAAAGGAGCUAGACGAAGAACAAUAUUGCGUACAUGAUUGCAUGUAUGUCACCAGAUAACCUUUAGUUAGUUUCAACCCCUUCUCUACAUCAAGUUACCAAGAGGAAUUUCAUGUAUUCCUUCUAUAAUGAACACACUGCUAAUGUAUAAUUAUGAAUAUGAAUACUGAAUAUAGGACAUGGCACUGUCGAGAUGAGUUUGCUGGGUUUGGUCUUUGGCCUCAGUUAGUAAACCAUGUUUCUUCCCUAUCAAGUUUUGUCUGUUUUUAGCCUUUCUCUCUCUGCUAUGAUAGCAGUUAAAACCCAGGCAGGAUUUUAGGAGCAAAAGGGGUAUGAUCUCUGAAAAUGAAACUUCUCAGUCUGUCUAAAACUACUUUUUGCACCAUUUGAUCCUCUGGUUACAUUGUAUUUGGAGCGUACUGAAGGCUAUAUCAUAAAGGGCCCUUGUCCUGUUGAGGGAUGUAUAAUCACUGUUAAGUGGUGUUAAUUGGCUGUUGCGAGCCGCCGUCGAGUGGCAUGGAGAUAACUCCAUAGCCUAAUAACCCCACAGUCAGCAAGCAGAGAAGGAGUGAAGGACUGUCGAGGAGACGGUGAAGGGGAUGAGAGUGGAGUAGAGGAGAGUGGGUGCUAGCACUGUAGAUCGACUGAGUGGAGCAGAGCAGCAGCAGUCGGUCCACAGCAGCAGCAGCCCUCUCUCAUUAACUCUGUGUGCUGUAGAGAGCCUGCCUCCCCGUGUUGCUCUGCUCUCCCUUCCAGGGGGGCGCCUCAAAAGUCACACUUGAAAAGGUUUCUGGCCUCUUGAACUGUAGCUGAAUGGGGCCGACAGGUUAAACCCUGCUUCGCCACUGUCUGGGGCUGUGGAGCGGGUUGGCUCUGGCUUGCAGCAGCACAGGCCCUAGCUGUUAUUGAAAUAUUGGCUUGAGAUGUUUGAGAGAGAUUUGGGUAGUAUGUAGUGUGAGGUGUAGGUGUGGAAAAAAUAUUUCCAAUCUAUGUGGAAAUGUAAAGAGUGAUCUUUGGAAGAAAGAAAACCUUGCAGAAGCUCUGCAGCAGACAUGCUGUAGGUGUUCCUGGUGUGUAUGUGUCACUUUCUAAUGUUCUCUCUCUCAGCGAGAGAGCGAGAGAGCGAGAGAGAGAGAGCGAGCGAGAGAGAGAGAGAGAGAGAGAGAGAGAGAGAGAGAGAGAGAGAGAGAGAGAGAGAUAGAUAGAUAUGCACAAAUGGCUCAGUUAGUUUUUACAGACUUCUCAUUUCUAUGUGCCGGAGUCGAGGAGUUAUCAGAAUGUGUGUGUGUGUGCUCCUGGGUGGUAAGAUGUGGAAGACAGGGAGGGAGGAACCCUUCAGGGCUCAUAGCCCAGAGACAGAGCCCUGAUCCUAGCCUUGCUCGGCUCAGAUGAGCCCCGAGCUCCACACAGCUGGAUCAACCCGACACCCUCUAUAUUCAGAACCACAUUCCUGUAAAGCUUAGAGAGGAUCUCAUGUUAAAUACUGUUGAAGUAAUAUGGCUACAGGUUCAUCUGCCUCACCUAAAGCCCCUUCUUGUGGGAAGCUGCUAUAGACCACCAAGUGCUAACAGUCAGUAUCUGGAUAAUAUGUGUGAAAUGCUUGUGUAUGUGAUAUAUAUUUUCUGGGUGAUUUCAAUAUUGACUGGCUUUCAUCAAGCUGCCCACUCAAGAAAAAGCUUCAAACUGUAACCAGUGCCUGCAACCUGGUUCAGGAUAUCAGUCAACCUACCAGGGUAGUUACAAACAGCACAGGAAUGAAAUCAUCAACAUGUAUUGAUCACAUCUUUACUAAUGCUGCAAAAAUUUGCUUUAAAGCAGUAUCCAAAUCCAUUGGAUGUAGUGAUCACAAUAUAGUAGCCAUAUCUAGGAAAAACAAAGUUUGAAAGGCUGGGCCUAAUAUAGUGUAUAAGAGGUCAUACAUUACAUUUUGUAGUGAUUCUUAUGAUGAUGAUGUAAAGAAUAUGUGUGUAAUGAGGAGCAACCAGACGCUGCACUUGACACAUUUAUGAAAUUGCUUAUUCCAGUUACUAAUAAGCAUACACCCAUUAAGAAAAUGACUGUAAAAAUGGUUAAAUCCCCUUGGAUUGGCAAGGAAUAAAAAAUGUGUAUGGUUGAGAGGGAGGAGGCAAAAGAUAUGGCAAAUAAGUCUUGCAGCACAACCAAUUGGCAAAUGUACUGCAAAUUAAGAAAUCAUGUGACUAAACUAAGUAAAAAGAAGAAGAAACUAUACUUUGAAACAAAAUAAAUUAUAUAAAGAAUGAUAGUAAAAUGCUUUGGCGCACCGUAAAUGAAAUUUCGGGCGAAAAGGCAAACUCGGCUCCAUCAUUCAUUGAAUCAGAUGGCUCAUUCAUCACAAAACCCACUGAUAUUGCCAACUACUUUAAUAAUUUUUUCAUUGGCAAGAUUAGCAAACCUAGGCAUGAUAUGCCAGCAACAAACGCUGACACUACACAUCCAAGCAUAUCUGACCAAAUUAUGACAAGCAUUGUACUUUUGAAUUCCGUUUAAGUGAGUGUGGAAGAGGUGACAAAAUGUUUGUCUAUCAACAAUGACAAGCCACCGGGGUCUGACAACCUGGAUGGAAAAUUACUGAGUGUAAUAGCGGAUGAUAUUGCCACUCCUAUUUGCCAUAUCUUCAAUUUAAGCCUACUAGAAAGUGUGUGCCCUCAGGCAAAAUGACAACAGACUUUCAGCACACGUAUAGUGAAGGACAUUCAACAAGCACAGCACUUACACAAAUGACUGAUGAUUGGUUGAGAGAAACUGAUGAUGAAAAGAUUGUGGGGGCUGUUUUGUUAGACUUUAGUGCAUCUUUUGACAUUAUCGAUCAUAGUCUGCUGCUGGAAAAACGUAUGUGUUAUGGCUUUACACCCCCUGCUAUAUUGUGGAUAAAGAGAUACCUGUCUAACAGAACACAGAGGGUGUUCUUUAUUGGAAGCCUCUCCAACAUAAUCCAAGUAGAAUCAGGAAUUCCCCAGGGCAGCUGUCUAGGCCCCUUACUUUUUACUAACAACAUGCCACUGGCUUUGAGUAAAUCAAAUCAAAUAUAGUAAAGCCAGUGUGUCUACGUAUGCGGAUGACUCAACACUAUACAUGUCAGUUACUACAGCGACUGAAAUGACUGCAACACUUAACAUAGAGCUGCAGUUAGUUUCAGAAUGGGUGGCAAGGAAUAAGUUAGUCUUCAAUAUUUUAAAAAGUAAAAGCAUUGUAUUUGGGACAAAUCAUUCACUAAACCCUAAACCUCAACAAAAUCUUGUAAUGAAUAAUGUGGAAAUUGAGCAAGUUGAGGUGACUAAACUGCUUGGAGUAACCCUGGAUUGUAAACUGUCAUGGUCAAAACAUAUUGAUACAACAGUAGCUAAGUCUGUCCAUAAUAAAGCGCUGCUCUGCCUUCUUAACAACACUAUCAACAAGGCAGGUCCUACAGGCCCUAGUUUUGUCGCACCUGGACAAGCUAAAUGUACCGAGCUGUCUGUUUAAACUACUCGCACACAGCUCGGACACCCAUGCAUACCCACAAAACAGAGGUCCCCACCAGAGGUCUCUUCACAAUCCCCAAGUCCAGAACAGACUAUGGGAGGCACACAGUACUACAUAGAGCCAUGAAUACAUGGAACUCUAUUCCACAUCAGGUAACUGAUGCAAGCUGUAGAAUCAGAUUUAAAAACAGGUAAAAAUAUACCUUAUGGAACAGCGGGGACUGUGAAGAGACACACACAAAGGUACAGACACGCAUACGCACACACAAGCGCUAGCACACACACUCUACACACACCUACAUUGUAAUAUUGUUGUAUGGUGGGAUUAUACAUUUUGUAUUGUAGAUAUAUAGUGGUGUAAUAAUGUUAUAGGAUGUACUGUUUUAUGUUUUGUUUUAUAAGUAAUGCAACUGCCUUAAUGUGUUUGGACACCAAGAAGAGUAGCUGCUGUCUUGGCAAUAGCAAAUGGGAUUUCCAAUAAAUACAAAUACAAAUACAGUUAAUCAGUGUUGUUACUCUCCCUUCGUUGAUAGGCCUACAAUAUCAUGUAGCUUUGUUGCUCUGUGUGCCUCUGCCUCGAAACCAAACCCUUUGUCUUAUAUCGUCUCACUGUUUUAGUCAUGGUUGGUGUGAUGACUACUACUCAUGUUUUAUGUGCUCAUAAUGUAUUUUAGGUUGUAGGUUAAAAUUUGUUAUGCCUCCUACAUUAGCAUGUGAGUGGUACAUAAUGUUUGUCCGCAUUCAGCAGGAGUUUAGCCAGCGACAGCGAGGGUAGGAUUGGGACUGAGAAUUAGGGGGGGUAAUGCGUGACUAUUUGUGUUUUAAUUAGCGUGGCGGCGUGUCAUGUGUUUGUGUAUAUAUAGUUCUGUUUGAGCAGCAGUUUCUCCAUCACCUGCUGUUCAAGAGCUCAUCCACUGUGCUCCAAUGUGUUUUUAUGUUAUUUGGAAGUAUGUAGUGCUAUGAAGAAUGUAUAAUAGAGCCAACGCACAUCGUGUACAAGUCCAGGUGUUUCAGACAGGGCUCCAGUUGUGCCUGUAGUGUGUUAAAUAUACAUGAACUUGUGAAGGGCUUCGGGAAUAGCAUUAAGCAUACAUAGUUUAACUCAGCCUGUGCUUCUCUCCUUCUGCUUCUCUGAAAGCUUUUUUUCAGGUUACAUCUGUGCUGCUAAGUAGCACAAAUCCUGGUAUUGUUGAGCUGCUUUUUGUGGUAACUUUUGUCCCACCCCCUCAGCCUAGGAUAAAACCUUCUGUAUGAGUCAAACAUUAUAACCUAAAAACCCUUUCUGUGGGUUCACACAGACACACAGCUGGAAAAAGGACUUACACCGUGAGCAUUCAGGACUCAAGACAUUGUAUUUAUCAGCACUGGGUUGAAUACACACAUGAAUACAACUACUAAUCUUGUUGUAUUAACAUAUGGAUAUUGUACGUCUUCCACCAUUAUGGGCCAAUAUAUUCAAUGGGAUACUUUUAUGACUAGCACAUAUGAUUCAUGUCAUAAUCAUAUCCACAAAGUUCUUUAAAUCUCUUCAGAGCAGGCGCAAUUUAAACAACAGCUUUCAUUUUUGACUUGCAACUUUCUUUGGCUAGGCUCCGAGCUGCUUCCAGAAUCUUAAUUUCACACUGCGUUAAUUUCACCACAUGAAAGAUGAGGCUUGGCUUGGCGCUGGCUCUUUUGGGAGAGAUACCCUGAAUGUGGUGCAGCUAGCGCUAAUGACUACUCUGUAAUAUCGGUGCUCACUCUUUGCCAGACUCUAACCAUGUUUGGAGCUCUGCUCUGAUGACUAGUAUCUGCUGCUGCUGGAUUCAUUAAAAUGACUGAUGGAGGUUUGCCACCAUGUGUUUCACCACACUCACUAAUCUUCUCCGCUAUCUAAAAUAAAACAUUUUGUCUUACUGAGAAGUAAAAUAUGUAGCUUAUGUUGAAGGUUUCAAAACCCUAAUGAUAAGGUUGCUGUGUAAUAUCUAGCAAUAAGGAUUACAUUUGAAAAAACCUAGGUAUAGCAAUGCUUUUAGACACAUGACAUGGCACAAGAACAGUUAGUUUAUGAUAAUUGCCAAUGUAUUGACAUAAGUCAUUAUCCAGGCUAGCCAGUUGCUCCAUUACAUUGUGAAGCCUUGCGUGUAAUUGUCUCAAGCUAUCUAUGAUUGCCGUAGAGAUAGUGUCUUUCAACAGCCGUAGAAGCCUGGCUGGCACGCAAGGUUACGAUAAAGAUGACCCCUUGUCUAUAAUGGGUUAUUAUGUAUAUUUAAGGUCAAAUGGUGAUGAAUAAUCUGUGAAUGAGAAGAUGUAAAAUGACCUUUCUCAAGAGCAUUUCUCUUUCAAUCCCCCUCUUCUCCUUCCCUUUCUCCCUCUCUCCCUCCCUCAUUCUCUCCCUGCCAGUUGGUGCUUCCAGAGUACUCUAUCCAUGGGCUGUUCUGUAUCAUGUUCCUGUGUGCCCAGGAGUGGCUGACAGUAGGCCUCAACAUCCCCCUCCUCUUCUACAACACAUGGAGGUAACUAUCGAAGCUGGACCAGUCUACUUUGUCUUUCUCUCAUUUGUAAGAUAUCAUUAAUUCAGUGUGGUACCCAGAACAUAAGCACUGAUAUGGAAAUAUUCACAGACAAAGGCCAACAUAAAACAUUGACAGAAAUUUGACUGACAAAGUAGAGUUUAGUGGAGUCUGCAGUGAUUGUAAAUAUGAACAGAUUGUUUUGUCUCUGCUCAACAAAGGGACAAAAGGUCUUACAAUACCUUGCAUUUUGGUUUGAAAUCCUUUGUAAAAAAUCUCAAAAGAGCUUUUCAAAAGUUCCUGCAAUAAAGAAAAAUAUUGUAUUUCUUUAAUGAAUUGAACACUUCAAUAAGUUAAAAUUGUAAUUUGACAGACAGGCUGUACGUGACUUUGGUUAUGAUUCUCUGAAAUCACACCCUGAAAAUGGGUCACCUGUCACGGCUCCCUCCCAUUAAUACGUUGUAUUCUCUUUUCUUUUGGCUUGUUCUUGUUUCGUUAUUUGAUGUGAAUCACUUGCAGAACUGUGAUUGUUUUGCUCAGCCGGUUGAAGUUACGCAGCAACGCUCACUGAAUCAUUAAUUGCAGACUGCCAGAUGCCCAGUGGCUACAGAUGCUGUUCUCGCUGCACAGCUGAGAGGAGACAGGGAGCGAUGGAGAGAGAGGGAGCGAGAGAGAGCGCGAGAGCGAGAGAGAGAGAGAGAGAGAGAGAGAGAAAGAAAAGAGUGAACGAAAGAGAGGUGGAGAUAUGGGGGAGGGAGACCUACAGCAGCUAUAGAUCUGUCCGUCUGCUUUCCUUCCCAGUGAGCACAGCUGAUGCCUAAUGUCUUCAGCUCGUCCCCCUCCACUCCAUCAGCCCCCACAUGCAGCAGGGGCUCAGUGACACACAGUCACAUCAACAGGGGAGAGGUUUAAAUUUAGGUAUAGCAGCAGCAACACAGUGGAACGGAGCAUCACUACCUGUGUAAAGCAGAUACAUACUGUACAUGCAGAUGAAAAGCAGUGGCUAUAUUUCUGUCAAAGAUGUCUCAGUUUAAGGUCAAUUCCAAAUAGCCUCAUUAAAAGAGGACCAUCACGCUCUCCCAAAAGUUUGGUUGGCUUCCAUUGCUUCCAAAAUGUGCCAGUGAACCUAAAGCCUGUGGCUCUUAGAGCCCAGCAUAGCACCUCACUAGUCAGACUGAGCUGGUCCUCUCCGUUUAAGGUAAAUUCCAAAUAGCCUUAUUAAAAGAGGACCAUCACGCUCUCCCAAAAGUUUGGUUGGCUUCCAUUGCCUCCAAAAUGUGCCAGUGAACCUAAAGCCUGUGGCUCUUAGAGCCCAGCAUAGCACCUCACUAGUCAGACUGAGCUGGUCCUCUCCUCCUCCCCAAACCCCCAGUGCAGCCAUCUCCAGUCUCUGCUACCUGGAGGGCCAUGAAGCUGGGUCCACUGGAAGAGCCCUGCUACAGUAGAAGGGAUCCCUCUCUCUCUGUGUUGAGACUGAACUCAUCCUGGUAGCACACACAGACAUAGACAGCUGCCCCCCUGUCCCCACCAUGCCCCCACCAUUUCCCCCAGUACUAUCUCUCUCUAUCAACCUCCACCUGGGUCCCUCUCUCUGUGCCUGUACCUCUCUCUUCUUCAGGUACUGUGAGAGGUAGUGGAGCUGAGGUUACAGCCCCCCCCCCCCCCCCCCCCCCCUCCAACCAUGUACUGUCAGUCAGUGUGCUGAGUUACUGUCUGACUGUGAAAUAGGCCACUGUCUCUGGUGGUAUCUGUCCUGAUGGGAGAGAUGUGUUGCAGAUGUGUUAAUGGAAUGGGCAGAAUGGUUGUGAUUCUGGAUUAUUUAUUAUUGACUAACCUUUAUUUUACAAGGUACAUUAAGUUGAUUGAAAACACAUUCUCACACACAUUCUCAUUUAUAGCAAUCUUGUUCAACAUUAAUUUUCAAAAACCCAGUCACAAUUUAUUUAAUAGUCUGUCUAUAGUACAAACGACUUAGAAACCAUUAUUGAAUAGUUUGUUACCCAUUAGCAAACUAUUGGUAAAUCAUUAUAAACCAUGUGUUCAUGUAUCUAUUAACAUAAGUAAAUACAUGUACCUAUGUUCAUAAACCAUGCAUUCCAAUUAUUACAACCUGUAAUCAUGCACAACUUAACCAUACUAAUCAUGAACAGUCAGAUGUUUCAUGUAAAGAGGGUGUCCCCCCUACUCAUCCUCCAUCUCUCCAUUCUUCCUUCCAUCUUCCCCUCCGUCCCUCCAUCUCUACGGGUCAACUACCCCUCGUGUGUCGUGUCCCUAUUCGGUAGGUACUUCCACAGCCCCACAGACACUAAGGAGCUCCUCUACGACCCAGCCUCGGUCAUGAACGGGGACACGCUCAGGUUCUGCCAAAAAGAGGCCUGGUGCAAGAUGUCCUUCUUCGUCCUCUCCUUCUUCUACUAUCUCUACUGGUGAGUGAGAAAUGCACUGUCCACUGUGUUGUUUGGUAAGGUGUUAGGAUGCAGACAAUGAUCAUCACCUCAAAGUGACUAACUACAGUAUAGUUGUUACUCCUUUUCAGGGCUGUUACAUGCUGUUACAUGCUUUUUCAGACAUGUAUUGUUCACCAGUGUGUUUAUGCUGCAUUGGCUGUUUAAAGUUUAAAGACCCCAAGUGUAGAUUUCUGCUGUGCCUAAUCCAGCAUCUGAAUUCACAAGGACAUGAUGUCCUUUUAGUAUGCCAUGCAGCCAGCAGUGGGCCUGCUAGAUUUUUUCACAGUGUCAACUCUUGUUGAUGUUUACAUAGCCAUACAGCAUAAGGGCAGGGGUCAAUUGCCAUUUCAGUUUAGCCAAUUCAGGUUAUGAUUGGGACAUUUUCAAUUCCUGAACUAAAACGUUUUAACGAAUCACUUAUAUUGACUAAAUUGAAAUGGAAUUGACCCUACAGCCCCUGGUUGUAGUAACGUCUCACCAGAGGUACAGUGCAUUUGUAAUUGACCAGUCGGAAGUGUUGAAUGUGGUCAUGUGACUCUCCUCCCCUCGGCUGUAGCGUGUACUGGACCUGACCUUCCAUUUGGUGCUCCGCUGGCCUUCUACUAGUAGUGAGUCUCUCUACAGUGGGUUUGUCACCUUGUGAUACUGACCCCCUCCCUGACCCCUGCCCCCUGCACACAGUAUUUCUCUUUCGCUCUCUCUUUCUUACCCCUCAGCGAAACUGUAACAUUGAUGCACAAUCUUGCCUUGUGAAUGGGCCCCUAACCUCUGACCUCCAUUACUCCCGCCCCCCUGACCUACUGGUGUUUGUCACAGGGGAGGCGGUCACUCUAGUGGAGUCCAAUAUGGAAUAUAAUAUAGCAAUAUAAUAAUAUGGAGUCCUCCAUUGUUUAACCUUGAUGAGAUGUGUGUUUUUUCCUAAUGUUUAACCACUGCUAUGGAUGUUAUGUAACGUUACUGUAUAUGAAUGCUUCCCUCUCUUUGUCUACUACUGUAAUACUGCUCCAAGGCCUACCCACUCUCACUCACAUCUCCACUUGUCUUUGGCAUGAUCUCUAAACCUUUCCUUGCAUACAUACACACUUACAAACAGAUGCAGAGGCACUCAUAUACACACACACACUCAUACUGUACACACACACUCACUGCCUGAAGCUAUCGAGCAUCAGCUGAAUAAUGCUCUCCCACUCACAGAUUGAUGGGAAAUCAAAGAUUAACUCUGGAGGCCUAACCCUCUCAAUUACAAUGGCCAGGUUUGCCUCGGCUCAUUAGCCCAACAGCCGUUUAAAUAUAAUGGAACAAGAAAUGAUUGUGUGGCUCUGAUAAGGAAGCAGAGCUCAAUAUAAAGGUUUAUGCCCUCAGUGAGGAAUAUACUGUAUUCGCCUGUGGAAGCCAAGCUACUGGGUGAAUUAAAACAACCUCAAUGACAGUCAGACAGACAGACAAGCUGACAGCAAGGACAUAUGUAGCAUGUCUGUCCCCUCUACCUUGAAGAGCAGUCUGGAGAUGAAAUGUGAUCUAAUUCACAUCUCAUACUGUAAUGUAAUAUCUAAUGUAAUGGUAUAUUAGUACAGUAAUAGUAACUCUUGCCAAACAUGAUGUAGAUUUCAAGUACGGGUCUUGUUACACUGAAGGUGUUUAACAGGACCAGUAAGUGGGAGAUCCAAUAGCUAGGGAGUGUCUGUCCCACAAAUCUCCUCAGCUGUUGUUCAGCUUGCUGUCUCACUGUUUGGUACAGUGUUGACUAGGCUUGGUCUUCAUCAAAUUACAUGGGGUCUUUUUUCACCUAACAGCUGAGUAAUAAUGGAGAUGUUUGUAUAGUAGAUUAGGAUCAGUGAUCCUGUGAUGAGCUACGAUGAGUAGAUGCCGUGGUGAGGAGCAGUAGCUUUGGGCUAAGGCUGGCCUAAGGCUACUAAGGAAUCUAGCUACAGAUCUGAGGGUUUUUUAAACCUGGGGCUAAUGGAGAGAUCAUCAUCUGCCUAAGCUGCCUCUGGUUCUCCUAACACUGGGUGUAAGACACCUCCAGGCCAUCAUACUUAUUGUGCCUCCAUUACAUUAGGAAACAUGGAUAUUGAUAACCCAGACCAACAGGAGAGCUCAGGCUUCACCGCAGCAGGGAUUAGUCCCUCACAGGCCAGAGGAUAGCAGGAUUCUUGCAAAUGUCUCCAAUUGGGAGUAGCUAGGUGAUCAUGAUUAGCUUAAGCACUAAAUGUGCUAUUGUGGUAGAGUUAGCUAGGAGGCUAAAUUAUUUUAGAAUAUGUUUAUUUGUUUACCUGAUGCUAAGAACAAAUGUUAAGUGUUGGCAUCUGGGAGACCUACACUUGUCUGACCAGUUCACAAAAUGUUGUUAUGCUAACAUGAUUCAUGGUUGUAAAGAACAAAACUCAAGGGCUGUCCUCAUUUGAAUAAACCAUAACAUUGUAUAUUUCAUGAGCAGUGUUGUGUGUGCUAUGACAUAGGCCUACCUCUUAUUUCGAGCCCAGUUCUUCAAAUAAAUAUUACAUUUUUAAGUUUGAUUUAUCGACAACAUUACUCAAGCAUAACUUUACUGCAGCCUGACAUCAAUUUCUUGCUUAUUUAGUUGCUUGUGUUUUGAAUAGGCGAAAUGUUUAUCCCUUCUAGUCGAAAAGCCCAUAUGCACAACAUUAAAGGGCUCUUUUAAUUGCAACUUCAAAUAAACAAGCACAAACAAAGUCUAAGUGAAUCUGGCAGGCACCCAGGCACCCAGCCUGAACACAUCAACCACUACUAAACCAAGCAUGGAUUUAUCAGAUGUUUCACUUUAACACAGCUCUUGAACGCUCCUUUCUUGAAUGUGUAUUAAUUCCAGUGGACCAGUUUAUAAUCUAAUAGAUUUUGGCAAUGGUGUUAGUAAUUGUUGUUGGUGUUACUGUUUGGUCCAAUCAUGUAGUCUCAGUCAUUGAUUUGUAUUCUUGUGUUUUUUCCCUCUCUUGUCUUCCAGUAUGGUCUACUCCUUGGUAACCUCAUAACAGCAGAACUCUCUGUAUUUGAGCCAUCCUCCGGAUAUCAGACACAUUUCUGGAAUAUGAGCUAGCUAGCGCAAACAACAACUUUGGAGCAAAAAAGAGCACUUUGUGUCACAGCUUUUCUGUUUCAUGAGAAGGACAGUUGUUGAGUCUGGGCUGUGCUGGUCUGGUCUGGUCUGGACUUGGGGGAAAGGAAGGGUUUCAGCACCAGUCCCCAUCGUCUCCUCAAUGUAUGUAAAGAGACAUUACAGUACUGUUUACAGUUAUCUGUAGGUCAAAAGCCCAUGAUGAGUCACAGCGACCACCAUAUCUACUUGUGUCUGUCACUGCCUGGCCAAUGUUUGUACUCACAGCCUGUCCUGUCCUGGAGAAGUACAGUAGCAUCACCACUACCGUAGUAGGGCACAGUAGUGUUUUUUCUUUUUUACAGGGUAGAUCAGCUUUAAUAUUGCAGAUAGAUUGUGGCUUCUAUCAAUGUAAUUGUCUGCAUCAUUUCCAAUCCCCCAUAUAUUUUUUGGGUAAAUAUAUAUGUAUAUAUAUAUAUAUAUAUAUAUAUAUAUAUAUAUAUAUAUAUAUUUACCCCAAAAAAUAUAUGGGGGAUUGGAAAUCAUUAUAUAUAUAUUUAUAUUUAUAUAUUUUCCUCUAUUAUUUUCCCCUAACCCUACCACCCCUACUCUAAUUUGAGUAAACUAAUGGACAACAACACUUAGGCUUCUACUUCCAGCUUAUACAUACUAUAUACAGUACCAGUGAAAAGUUUGGACACACCUACUCAUUCAAGGGUUUUUCUUUAUUUUGACUAUUUUCUACAUUGUAGAAUAAUAGUGAAGACAUCAAAACUAUGAAAUAACACAUACGGAAUCAUGUAGUAACCAAAAAACUGUUAAACAAAUCAAAAUAUAUUUUAUAUUAGAGAUUCUUCAAAUAGCCACCCUUUGCCUUGAUGACAGCUUUGCACACUCUUGGCAUUCUCUCAACCAGCUUCACCUGGAAUGCUUUUCCAACAGUCUUGAAGGAGUUCCCACAUAUGCUGAGCACUUGUUGGCUGCUUUUCCUUCACUCUGCCGUCCGACUCAUCCAAACCAUCUCAAUUGGGUUGAGGUCGGGGGAUUGUGGAGGCCAGGUCAUCUGAUGCAGCACUCCAUCAAAUCAAAUCAAAUAAAUUUUUAUUGGUCACAUGCGCCGAAUACAACAGGUGGAGACAUUACAGUGAAAUGCUUACUUCGAUUACUUCCAUCACUCUCCUUCUUGGUAAAAUAGCCCUUACACAGCCUGGAGGUAUGUUGGGUCAUUGUCCUGUUGAAAAACAAAUGAUAGUCCCACUAAGCCCAAACCAGACGGGAUGGCGUAUCGCUGCAGAAUGCUGUGGUAGCCAUGCUGGUUAAGUGUGCAUUGAAUUCUAAAUAAAUCACAGACAGUGUCACCAGCAAAGCACCCCCACACCAUAACACCUCCUCCUCCAUGCUUUGCGGGGGGAAAUACACAUGCGGAGAUCAUCCGUUCACCCACACCACGUCUCACAAAGACACGGCGGCUGGAACCAAAAAUCUCAAAUUUGGACUCCAGACCAAAGGACACAUUUCCACCGGUCUAAUGUCCAUUGCUCGUGUUUCUUGGCCCAAGCAGGUCUCUUCUUCUUAUUGGUGUCCUUUAGUAGUGGUUUCUUUGCAGCAAUUAAACCAUGAAGGCCUGAUUCACACAGUCCCCUCUGAACAGUUGAUGUUGAGAUGUGUCUGUGACUUGGACUCUGUGAAGCAUUUAUUUGGCCUGCAAUUUCUUAGGCUGGUAACUCUAAUGAACUUAUCCUCUGCAGCAGAGGUAACUCUGGGUCUUUCAUUCCUUUGGCGGUCCUCAUGAGAGCCAGUUUCAAGAUAGAGCUUGAUGGUUUUGCGACUGCACUUGAAGAAACUUUCAAAGUUCUUGACAUUUUCCGUAUUGACUGUCCUUCAUGUCUUAAAGUAAUGAUGGACUGUCGUUUCUCUUUGCUUAUUUGAGCUGUUAAUAUGGACUUGGUCUUUUACCAAAUAGGGCUAUCUUCUGUAUACCCCCCUACCUUGUCACAACACAACUGAUUGGCUCAAACGCAUUAAGAAGGAAAGAAAUUCCACAAAUUAACUUUUAAGAAGGCACACCUGUUAAUUAAAAUACAUUCCAGGUGACUACCUCAUGAAUCUGGUUGAGAGAAUGCCAAGAGUGUGCAAAGCUGUCAUCAAGGCAAAGGGUGGCUAUUUGAAGAAUUUCAAAUAUAAAAUAUAUUUAGAUUUGUUUAACAAUUUUUGUGGUUACUACAUGAUUCCAUAUGUGUUAUUUCAUAGUUUUGAUGUCAUCACUAUUAUUCUACAAUGUAAAAAUAGUAAAAAAUAAAGAAAAACCCUUGAAUGAAUAGGUGUGUCCAAACUUUUGACUGGUAGUAUACAUUUUAAGGACACAGUGUAUUUUACAUUAGUUAUCUUUUCUUUGUUUUUAGUCCCAGCAUUCAGCUCCCUUCAACCUCUCCCAUCUAUCUCUGAAGACCAUCCAGUUUUGAUUUAAUAUAUUUUUCAACUGUGCUGUGAUGUUUUACAAAAGUUCUGAACCUAUAAACAUUUUACGGACACAGUAUAUUUUACAUUAGUUUGCACAGUUUGUCUCAGACACAGCACAGAGAAACACACCACAGCACAGUUGUGGUCGUCAACGGGACAAACAGGUCUUCUUCUUAACCCAUCUGCCCUUAGAGUCUCACUGAUAGUAGCUUCUUCUUCACUGGUGGGAAGGGGAGAUGACACAUGAUGACACAUCCUGUACAGAGACAAGGUGAACAUUCUGUACAGGGACAGGGAAACCAGGUCAGCCAAUGUUGCAUUUUUGCCUGCCGCAUUACACUACAUGGCCUGUGUGUUUAUAUACAACAUUACAUUACUAUGUGAAUGGCUUUUGUGAUGUGUGUGUGUGUGUAUUUUGUGUAUUCUUAACAAAAGCAUUUCAAAAUGAAAUAUGGUCGACAAAGCAUUAUAUACAAAUGGAAUAUUGUGUGAUUCUCUGUCGUUUUAGUGAAUUUAUUUGGUGGAGAGAUUUUUCAAUUAACAGAAAAACUGAAAUAACUAGAUAAGCAACAAUUCUUUGCACAAUAGUGUAUUACAUUGUAUUACAUUUUUUUGUACCAUAUUUGCAAUGUUUGGUUUUGUUUAAAUACUCUAUAGUCUACCCAAAUGGCUGACGGUCUUCCAGUAUAUAAGGAUUUAUUACACCCUAUUUUAAAUGGGGAAAAAAUAUGACUCUUUUUAUCACUAUUUCCAUAAUGGACCAAAUGUUGUACUUAUUUACAUAAUUUAUUAAAAUUGAAUUGUUAACUCCUUCCUUUCAUACUUUGUCCAAAAAACAUUUAAUCAUAAAUAUAAGUGAAUUGCAUAUCUGCCUCCACUGUAAGAUGGUAUAUAAACCUAAAGCCACUGUUAAAGUUCUAACUGUACUCACAUUCCCAUUACCAUAAGCUACCAGAUGCUGGCAAUAAUUAAACACUGUCUGAAAACAGCUAUGGACUUCAGAGCUUUUGGCAAUGCUUUUUCAUUGUAUUGUCUGUUAGCUGCAUAGUUCGUAUGCAUCUUUGCUCAGAAGUAUUUCAUCAACCUUUACUCAAGGUUUAGAAAGGAAUGCCCAUAUUGUUAUAUUAUUUAAGAGCAUUUUAUAUCUUAACAUAUUAACUCUGUAUGCGUCCACCCAGGAUGAAUUUAGAUAAUUGUUUAUGAAAUAAAGUAUGACUAUUUUAAAAUGUGACAUCAGAGGCUUUCUCUCUUUGAAAUUGUAUGUCUUUUUUUAUUUCUUUUUCUUUUCCUGAAAUAAUUUUUCUGUCAUGGUGUAGGUUUUUAAAUGGCUAGAGGACUGUAACUAUCAAGGGGAAGAAAUGUUGUGGUCCUCUAAAGAACUGAAGAAAUAAACGUAUGUAUUUCCGCAAAUAUCUACACUGACUGUAAUAAAUAAAAAGGGUGUGCGUUAGGAACACAUUAGGAACACCUGCGCUUUCCAUGACAUAGACUGACCAUGUGAAUCCAGGGGAAAGCUAUGAUCCCUUAUUGAUGUCACAUGUUAAAUCCACUUCAAUCAGUGUAGAUGAAGGGGAUGAGACAGGUUAAAGAAGGAUUUUUAAGCCUUGAGGCAAUUGAGACAUGGAUCGUGUGUGUGCCAUUCAGAGGGUGAAUGGGCAAGACAAAAUAUUUAAGUGCCUUUGAACGGGGUAUGGUAGUAGGUGCCCGGUGCAUCGGUUUGAGUGUGUCAAGAACUGCAACGCUGCCUGGUUUUUCACACUCAACCAUUUCUCGUGUGUAUCAAGAAUGGUCCACCACCCAAAGGACAUCCAGACAAUUUGGAACAACAUUGGGACGCAUUGGAGCGCUGUGCCCAUGUAAGUAUCAGAGCUGUGUCCAAUGUUGCCGUGCGACGGUGAGGGCAGAGACAGAUCGGUCACAGCCUGUCCUCCCAUGGGGCACCUGAUUACUGCCGUUCCCCUCGCCGUUCCUCUCUUCUCCCUCCCCCAACCCCCUCGCCUCUCUCUCUGCUCCCCUUGCCAGCAUCUGACGCUCCAUUCAGCUCAUGUCAAACGGCUCUGGCACUCAAACUCAAAUUCUCUUAACCUGCUUCUGCGGCCCCACUCAGAAGACACCUCUUACCCACUUAAAGAGAUGCUUGUGCUGUUGUACAGUAGAUCAACUAUGUGUGUUAAGAGGCUCUGUACAGGACAUCUCAAUUUGAUAUUUUCAUUUUAGAGUGAUCAGGUGACUGAUAUGUUAUGAUAUCAUGUCUCGCUACUCAGUAAUGUCUCACCUCCUCCCUCAGCAGUGACAGAUUCCAGAUCACAGCUUUUCUCUAAAUCCUCAUCAUGUCACAGCUUUUCUCUAAAUCCUCAUCAUGUGGCCCCAUGUAGCUCAGUUGGUAGAGCUUGGCGCUUGCAACUCCAGGGUUGUGGGUUUGUUUCCCACGGGGGGCCAGUAUGAGAAAAUGUAUGCACUCACUAACUGUAAGUCGCUCUGGAUAAGAGCGUCUGCUAAAUGACUAAAAUGUAAAUGUAAUGUCUGGAUUUCAGCCAGACUGACCUGAAAAUACUGUCUAAAGCCAACCAAAUGCUAUCUUCCUAGUGAAGUGAAUUCUACACUUUCCUGCUUCCGUUGCAUUUCCCUCGAUGUGAGUUACUGUCCUCUCCUGGAAUAUCCUUGGAUGAGAGACUGUUGCUGAGCAUUAUGGGGCUUGACGUGUGUGGUUGUGCCCCCCGCUGCAGCAGACGGACAACCUGUCCUGGCUGUUUUAGAUGCCCAUCCUGUCAGCUCGCAUUACCCAGCAGCCCCUGGGAGAGAGAAUUUCACCUGCCUGUUCCUUCCACUCCCUCUAACCCUGGAUCUGAACACAUGUGACACCCUGAACUGUAUCUCCCAUCAUAACUCACCCCCGGUCCAGAUCAGACACUGUCUUGUACUCUCCACUCCAUUGGCUUUGGUUUACAUCGGAUGCUAUAUACAGUAGAUGGGAGUCUGAAACAACGUAAUAACACUGUCAUUUUCAGAAGGAGGUUAAAUAGCUAAAUAGUUGGCCUCAGAGCUGUAGAGCAAAACAUAAAUCUGACUAAAAGGCAUAUAAACCAGCCAUAAUCAGACAUAUAUUUUGCUAUUUGGGUAAACCUGGCAUUUUCAAGAGUUUCAGCAGUCAUCUUGUCAGAGGUUAUACAGUAAUAAUCAUUGUUAGUUCAAGGGAAAGCUGUAAAAAAAAAUCACAUAGAAAACGUGUCAGAUAAGAGUCAUCCCAUAAUGACAAGUAAUUGUCUUAUUGCCUCUUUAAAUUAUCAUCAUCACACAAAAGACUACAUUAAUAUCCAACUAAGACUCUUCCUGAUGCUUCUAAUUAACCUCUGAAUGUUCUGAGAGUUAGCAUUCUAGUUCAUCAUAUUUUCUUCAAGUUAAAGAGCCUACAGAGUCCGGAUGCAGAGACAUAAAAGAUGGAUUAAUUAGGAAAUAAUAUGAACCGGUUGGGAGGCUUAUCAUUAAUCACUUUACAACACUUUUUGGCUUAGUUUUCAGGAUUAGCUAAAUGACCAAAAUGUUUUCCUCUCCUAUACUCUCUUUGACUGAGAUCUCUCAGCUAUACAGUAGUUUCUGCCAGCAGUAAUGAUGAAGUCAUCUGAGCUGUAGCCAGACUGGGUAAAGUUAAAGUACAGUCUCUCUCUCCAUUAAUAAGCAGAAUGAGUGUCUGUCUGUGACACCCUCCAGGCCUGUCUCUAAGGGGUUUCCUCAAACACACAGUGAUGUACAGCUUAUCAGUCAGUGGUGAAGCGGACACUUAAAUAUACUACUGUAAGGUGCCUGUCUAAUUGCACCAGGCUCACACUGUCUGUCUAUUAGAUGUGGGAUAGACACACAUUGGUGCAUCUAUGUAGGUUGAGCAUUUCAUGAACCCGAAAAGGAGACACCUCUAGAAGAAUAUAUAGGGUGAUUAUUUACACACAUUAUUGUUGUCAUGACCUAGACCAGAGUAUAAGUUAGACAUAGCUAAAGCUCAUCCAGACAGAUCUGGAACCAGGCUAGGAAGAGGCAGUGAGCUUGGUUUCCUUUCACUGCAGAUCGGCUAGUUUGAAUCAGAUCCAUUCCACAGAGCCAAACAUGAUGGCAUCAGAUUAAAACCACAGCCUAUGACUCUACUGUGUGCACCAAUAAUUUAUCCAUUUACUUCCCAUCACCUACAGAGAGCAAACUGCUAUCUAGAACAUUCCACUGCCUCUCUCAUUGUGCUCAGUGUACCACUGCAGAGUUAUGGGCGGCUAGCGGAUACGCUAACCUGACUAGAAUAGAUGUCUACGGCGCGCCGCAAUUCCUUCAACCUCGGAGCAGCACAACAGGCAAACAAUGAAGCAGGCUAAGUGGCCCACUUUACUGAGCAUAUUUUAUCAUCAUGAUUCUAUUUUGUGAUAUUAUUUAUUUUUAUUUCCUUCAGUGGACUCUGA